AUGACUGAUGCAAGAAGUGGACAUACAACAACGGUGCUGUCCAAUGGUAAAAUAAUAGUUGCAGGGGGAGAAAAUAGCAACGGUACUCUCAACAGUGUCGAGUUAUAUGAUCCAGCCACAGGUAACUGGUCAAUUACUGGUAGUAUGAACGAAGCACGCAAAUGGCAUGCAGCAACACUUUUAAGAAGUGGUCAAGUUCUGAUAACUGGUGGUAGUGAUGGCAACAGCUCACUGAAUAAUGUAGAGUUGUACGAUCCAUCGACAGAAAGUUGGAGUAUCGGCAGCGAACGAAUGAAUGCAUAUCGAUAUUUUCACACAGCAACAUUGCUAAGCGACGGAGAUGUGUUAGUUGCAGGUGGACAAAACUACGAGAAUGGUUAUAUAAUGGAUAGUGCUGAACUAUACAACCCGUCUACACAAAGUUGGGCAUUAGUCGAUCGGAUGGAAAAUGAACGAACUUCACAUACCGCACUUCUCCUGUCAGAUGGCAGAGUAGUAGCCAUGUAUGGGAACAGUCAAGGGGAUCUGUUUUAUGCUAGUGAAGUGUACGAUCCAGCGACAAGAACAUGGACCGCGAGUGAUGAUAUCGAUGAUCCAUUAUCCGGGCAUACUGCUGUUACAUUGCUAAAUGGUCAAGUUCUAGUUGCCGGCGGGUUUAUUGACAACGAAGCUUUAAGCAACGCACAACUGUACACUGCACAGACACGACGGUGGACUAAUACUCGAAGAAUGAAUGUAGCAAGAAUGUCUCACACAGCUUCUUUACUAAAGAAUGACAAAGUUUUAGUGUGUGGUGGCAUAGAUGGAGAAGGUACUCGUUUUAGCAGUGCAGAGUUAUUUGAUCCAUCCACAAAUAUCUGGACUAAUGCUGCUAGCAUGCAUCACAUCCGCGCAAGUCACACUGCCUCUACUUUGACAAAUGGAAAAGUUUUGGUUGCAGGUGGAGUAGACGAUUAUUACCGCCUAAAUAGUACAGAAUUGUAUGAUCCAUUAACAGAUAGCUGGUCAAUGACUGGUAGUAUGAAUGAGCCACGAACAGAACACACUGCAUCCACAUUAGCUGAUGGCAGAGUGUUGAUUACUGGUGGCUCAACCGAUAGUGCUCACACUUCGAAUACCAGUGAAAUAUAUGAUCCACUAACGGAAGAGUGGAGUUUUACUGGUUCUAUGACUUUCGCACGUAACCAUCACAAAGCAACUGUGUUAUCGAAUGGACAAGUGCUAGUUACAGGCGGACAAAUGGAUGAUAGUCGUAUUAAUAGUGCUGAACUAUACGAUCCAGCAACAGGACGUUGGUCACCGACCGGCAGUAUGAAUAUAGCACGAAAAGAUCACAGCGCAACAUUAUUAACUAAUGCAAAAGUAUUGGUGACGGGCGGAGUUUCUGAUACUGUAGCUCCAUUCAGAAGUGAAUUGUAUGAUCCGGCAACAGGCAUCUGGACUUUGACUGCUUUUAUGAACGAAGCACGGUGUGAGCAUCUAGCUGCGUUAUUACCUGAUGGAAAAGUUUUGGUAGCUGGUGGAUUCAAUAGCUAUUAUAUAAACGGUUGUGAGUUGUAUGAUCCUGAAAGAGAAAACUGGUCAAUCACGGACAAUAUGAAUUAUGAACGAGUAGAUAGUGUAGCAUGCACGUUAUCAAAUGGAAAAGUGCUAGUAAUUGGUGGAGACGAAUCGAUUAGUACUACUAGAGCAGAAAUAUACACUCCGUAG